AUGACUCUUGCUCCACACUGUGAACCUUACCUUGCGCCAGCUUACGGAGAUAAGAAAGUGGUCGAGGUCGGGGGAUCUAAUUUUUAUGUGACCUGCCACAGCGUUGGGAAUAUCUAUACCUUGGACGUUGCAGCGUUGACAUGCAUCCUAGCAGCCGCGCUUGGGAAUAGCUACAUCAGCUCCUAUAUCUCCACAGCGUCGGACGCUGCCUCAACCAACGCAACCGUCUAUGUUACAUCGGCCGCUUCCUCUCUUACAUACUCGACCGCCAUCAUCACCUCGAUUGCAUCUACCACCUAUGUCACCGUCUCGACCCCCGCGUUGACCUUAUCGUACCCCACUCGUCUUCCUUUAAUCCUUGGAGCCCUCCUAAGACAAAUUACAACAAGCCGGAUCAAAAGAAAGAACAAAGUUACAAAGAACAACAGCACCAUGGACGGUUUCAGACGCUCGAAUUUCAAUUACCCAUUAUCUGCUGCAACCCUCAGCAAGGUCGAGUCCACACGAUGGUCCCCCAGGGGCAAGCUGGUCCGAGAUUCUGCCACACAGACGGAUUUCGUUGAGGAUUUGAGCUCAUCAAUCCAGGAGGACGAGGCUGCAGCCGGAUCUCCGAAUAUCGACAAGACGCCGAAUCCGAUGGAGGGCGUUACGCUUACAACAGCCGCUCAAGAACAGUCGCACAAAGGCUCCGGAACAAUUGUGCAAUGA